GAGCACGCACGCUGCACGCUUCGGUUCUUCGAUUGUGGCGCGAUCAGGACGCGAGUAGACCGCGGUUUUCCCGGGGGCCGCCGUAUACCGACACCGGCAGACUUGUCUGUGUCAAACUGUGUCUUUUGGCGAUAAAGUUUUCUCUAGAGUUUCGAGUGGUUUUGGAUGAUACAGUGGAAAAGUUAAACCAACACCAACGCAACGUAAAUUACAAAUUAUUAAUUUAGAUAAAAUUAAAACUGGUGACCGCAAAGGGCCAGACAGUGAUAGUGAUAGUCCCUGUCGUGAAUAUAGUGGCAGAGUUGAAAGCGUGUAGUUGAAUUCGCGUACGCCAUCGUAGGAUAUCUCUUCGAGUUGCCAUAUGAGUGUUGCUGGAUAGAACUGUGAAAAUGACAGUGCGAAAUCUAUUGUUGCUUUUGGUUAGCAUAUUUUGCCUGGCAAAGUUUGUCAAAUCGUAUGACGUGCCGGAGCAUCGCGUUGACUACAUCAAACUUGUUGACGGUCAUGAAUAUGAUUAUCAUUAUCACGACGGCGGCCCAGCGCCACGGUUAGGGAAAAGCAAAUCUCAUCAUCCCCACAGCCAUCACAGUCACCGCCAACAGCAAUCAAAGCGCAAAUCGCCCUCGAAGCAGCCCUACUACCACAACAAGUAUUUUGUCACGGGCUACGAGUUGAUCCACACGAAUGAUUUCCAGCCAACGGCGGCGCCAAUAUAUUCCAGCUUCAAGCAGCAAAAUUCACUUCCAACUUUCGAAAGUCAUGAGAAGCUUCGGCGUCCCUUCGUGGAGGACCAUGAUUACCACGAUGAGGACAGCAAAUGGUUACCGAUGGGUACCUUGCUGCCGAAAAGUGUCUUCCCCGGACCCGUCAGGACUUCCCACGGAGCACAGCUGCCGGCGCUUAAGCACACGAACAUUGUAUCUCACGGCAGCUACGAGCCCUCGUCGAGAGUGAACGAAGCGGCGAGUUUUGUUUCGACCAUUCCAACCCAGCAGACGACACCCACGAUCCGUCAUCAACCGGUUGGGACGAGUUUCCUCACGAAUGAUACGGUUCCUUCGAACACUCCAGGUUUCCACUACAUCGCCGGUGGUUACACGUACUUCAAUUCACACCCAUCAAACCAGGCACAGAAAAUCAUUAAGGAGGCAUAUCUGAAUCGACCAGUCGGUACGUAUUAUAGUACGACGAGAAAGCCGUAUGUCGCGCCAUCGCUGACCACGCCGUCGCCAGCCACGGCACAGCAGCCUGUAAAAUACUCACCCCCACGGAGACCGUACAUUGCUCCAGCCCAAACAACCACGAUACGACCAUAUGUUGCGCCCUCAGUGUCACAAUCAACUGGUCAGAGUCAGGCACUGAGCCAAACUGGCACCAACGGAGCAAACCGAAUCCGAUAUACAACCACCAAAGCAGCGGAGGACACCAAAUCAGGCGAUCUGUACGAACCGGAGUUCGACAUUGACAUCAGAAUCGAUGUUUCACCUGAUUCCCCUUAAGAGGUGGGAAGCUCACCAACUCCAUCCAUCAUCAUGACACGCACAUACACACAUACUUCCUAGCAUUCUCCUCCCUCAACACACACACACACACACACGAGCUCAUUUCUAGCAACUUGUAGA